AUGUCGAACUACGUGGAAAGAAUAGACGAAAUAUUAAAAAAUGCAAACAGUAAGAAAGUUACAGAUAAAAGAAAAUGUGUUUUAGAAUUAUUAGAAUUAUAUGAAAAUAAAGAAGUAAUAGAAGAGAUUUGUAAAAGUACAGAAAACCAUUCACAGGGUGUUGCAAAUUGGUCAUAUAUAAUACAUAUAGUUCAUAAGAUGCUAUUAAAUGAAACAGAUAGGUUUACUUAUAAGGAUACUCAUAAUAAAGCAACCAUUAUCGAACGACAAAAUAUUUGUACACUUAUACAAAAAACUUUUCAAUAUGCAAAUUCUUAUAAAAUACCACUUUUAAAGUGUAAAGACAUAAUGCCUUUAAUUUUGCAAAUUCUAGGAACAAAUAUAUAUAAAUAUUAUCAUGAAACAUAUAUAAAUGUGCUAAUUUCUUACAUACUUCCAUUCAGAACAUAUCAGGUGUAUAUGUUACCUGAACAUUGGGAAGAAUUAUUAAAAAUAUGUGUAUGCUUAUAUAAACAUAUAUCUUCCCUUACAAGUAAACGAGCUGUUUUAGAUGCCUUACAAAUGAUUAUUAAAUAUGGUUGUUUGCAUUCAAAUUUACUUUUAAAUGUAAAGAAAAUACUAUUAUUUUUAGAAAAUAUCUGCCUUGAUGUAAAAAUAAAUCAAGAAAUUUUAGCAGAAUCUAGUUAUAAACUUACAAAUACAGUAUGUCAACAAGUAGCAACCGAAUAUAGAAUUACUUUGUGUCUCUUUAGUGAAAACAUUUUGCCAAAUAUAAUUAGCUUAAAAAGCUCCGAUGAGAAAUAUAAACUUUUAUUACUUUUUGUUCAAAUUCAUCAUCCUAAAGGAGCAUGUAAAAGUCAUGAUGGUGCCUAUGCUAAUGAUUGGGAAAAGUGGUACACAAUACUUAAAAAUAUAUAUUUAAUGAUUUUAAAAGAUCUUAAAGUAGAUGUGCUUUCAAAAAAUUUUAUUUAUCUUGCAACUGAUGUUUUUAAACAAAUAUUCGAAAAUUCAGACAUAAUUAUUGAAAAAAAAUCAUUUGAUGAAUGUGAUUAUGUACAACCAACAAAACGAAGGCGAAUUGCUGAUAAAAUAAAUGGACCAGUUGAUAUGCUUCAUGAUAACAAUCCAGAAGAAGCUUGGCCAAUAAUACAAAUCUUAAUAAUAUUAUUUAAAAAAUAUCCUGAAUGUUUAAAAUCUGAAGAUUUGUCAACAUUUUUAAAAAUCCUGGUAGACUUUCUUACUCUAUCUUGUAAAGAAGAAGAUAUUAUGGAUACUUUAUAUGAAUUAGCUGCAGUUUUACUAGUAAAUGAAAAAGUAUUUUUUAUAACUGAUAUAGAAAAUUCAAAUAUUUACUGGGAUAAAAUAUGGGAUAUUUUAUUAAGGUCUUUAAACUUAAAUCAAAAUGAAAUAUCUACUCAUAAACUUACACAGCUGUUUAUAACAAAUAAUAAAAUAACAAAUCCAAAUGCACUUUUAAAACCUUAUCUUACAAAUGUGAUUAAAUGGUCUAUUAUGAGUCUUCGCACAUUAAUAGUACUUUGUCAAUAUUUUCCGCUCCCCACUGAUAUUACAAUUUUUAAUAUAAAUGCAUAUUCACCAACAAUGAAUUCAAAUUCUGUUAGGUCAUGUCUUAUAAAAUGGAUAUUAAAUAUUCCUUGGCAGAAAAUAGCAACUCAAGUAAUAGUUGAUGAAUUGUGCUUAUUACUGAUUGGUAUUACAUCAAAAUCGCAAUACCAAAAGAAGAUAAAAUUUAAUGAAUAUAACAUUAUUAAUUUAUGUGACUGUUUGACAAUUGCACAAAAUACUGAAACAUUUUAUGAACAUAUUGAACAGUGUUACUUAUUAUUGACAUAUAAAAGAAAUUUAUUCAUUGAAAAACAGGAAAAAGAUGUUGAAGAAAAGACAAUAGUAAAUGAACAUAUAUUAUAUAUGCAAGACACUGUCAUUUGUUUAAUGGAUAAUUUACAUGAUAUUACUAAUGACAAUGGAAGUGAUGAUCUCCAUGUGAUUAUAAUAAAGAUUGCAAUUAUAGCAAAAGUUAUAUCAAUGAUGAAGCAAUUAAAUAUGAUAUCUAAAGAUAUUGAAGGAACAUCUCUUGUGCAUGCAAUGAAAAAUUAUUUAAAUAUUGCUUACACUUCAUUGGAAAAAAUAGAUCCAUUGAGAAGUAAAUAUGCCUAUCUUUGCAAUGUAACUAAAGCACUUAAUACAUUGUAUGGAACAACAUACGAUACUGAUGUUGCAAAAAUAAUUGUUUCAUCUGCAACAUUAAAUAUGUUAAAAAAUGUAUUUAGUUUAAUGAAUAUUGAAGAUAAUGAAAUUAUUGAUUAUGAAACAAGUAAUAAUUUCUAUGAUGGUUAUGGCUCUUUUCAAAAUAGACGUAAAUACUUAGAUAGAGAAAUUAUACAAAAAAGGCAAUGCAACCUCUGUAAUAAAGGUACAAUUAGAAUACAAGCAACGAAAGCAUUAGUACUGUUUUGUUGUAUAAAUGUAGAACAAGAAAAAUAUGAAAUUCAAGUAAAACUUAUGAAAAAUUUACUUAAAAUAAAUAUGUAUGAUCUUUCACAUACAGUUGACUUCAAAAUGGCCAUAACAGUUUUUAAAUUUUUACCAAAAUAUGGUACAGAAGAAUUAUGGAAAAAUCAUAAUGAAUCACCAUUAAAAAGUUUAUUGGAAUUGUAUCACGAAUGUUAUCUAGAUGAAACUGCUAUUCGUUAUAUAUUAAAUGUUCUGCCAUAUUUUUUUAUGUAUGCUACAAAUUACAAUUGUGAGCUAGUUAAUUUAUUAAAUAUUAUUUCUCAAUUUAAUAAGCUUCGAUCUGAAAAAAAAUAUGGCUUCAUUACUCAUGUAGAAUUUAUUAAAUGCCUCUCUGAAAUUAUUCGCAUUAACCCUUCACUUUUUUAUCAUACAAUAUCUCAUAUUUCAAAUCAAAUGCCAAUACUUGAAGGAAUUUUAUCAUGUUUCCCUAGUUCUUCAUUUAUUGUACAAUUACAAGUAAUUAAUUGCGUAAAAGAAAUAUAUUCUUCAAAAAAUAUUGCUUUCAAAUGGAAAGAAACAUUUUUUAUGCAAAUAGAAGAAUUAAUAAACAAGAUACAUAUUGACAAUGAAACAGAUGAUGAAAUGAAAACAGAUAAGAAAGAAAUUACGACAAUAAGUACUUUAUUAAUACUUGCUACUAUAGUAUCUAUCAAUGGAACAUUUCAGUGUCGUGCUUUAUUGGCAAUGUUACGCUUUGUUAUUGACAAAAAGAUAGAUAUUCAAAUAAUCUCGAAAGUAAUAAAUAUUACGAGAAAUCAAAUUAAUUAUUCACAUCUUAUUGAAGAUAAUCUAAGUUAUUUAAUAACAUACUGGUUUAAUUCAAAAUAUUCAUCACAAUUAUUUCCUUGGAACUUAACACAAUGUAAAUCAGAGGAUCAGUUUUAUAAAAUGUAUAUUAAUACAUUAGGAUUUAUUAAAUUUCAAAAUUUCGAACUUUCUCAUGUUAUUUCUUUUUGCAAUCUUGUUAACUUAUCAUUUGAACAAAUCAUUGAAAGUAUUUUUCCACAAGUUUUACCAUGGUUGUUGUACUGUAUUAAUGAAAAUAAUGGAAAUACUUCAAAAAAAUUAGGAAGUAAAGUGUUUCAUAAAUUAAUAUCAAAUCGAGAUGAAUUUGUUAAAGUAAAAAAAUUUUCGAAAUUAGUUAAUGAUAAAUUUCAAGAAAUAUUAAUAUAUCUUAUUGAAAGAUUACAUGAUGAAGAUUAUCUUGAAGAAAUAUUAGGAGUAAGAAUAUCAUUUGCAAUAUCAGAUCCGCCACAUUUCAAGAAAGAAGCAAUAAGUACUUGUUUACAAUAUAUGGAACAAAACUGCUUUGUACAAAAAAUGUCUAUACAAUAUAUUUUAGCUUGUAAUUAUCCAAAUGUAUUGCAAAACAUACUAUUACACUUAAUUACCAAUAUUUAUCAAAAGGGAUUUGAGGAACAUAAGAUAAAAGCCUUUCAUCAAUAUACAUUUUUUUGUACAUUAAUUAUUGAAGAGUUAAAACAAGAUUAUUUUAAUACAUUAUCUAUGUAUUUGAUAAAAGACAUUGGUUAUAGUUUACUUCAUAUAAUUAAAAUUUAUGAUAACAUCCUUCGUAAAUUGGCAUGUAAAUAUUUUUACAAAUUUAUAAAACAAGUUUUACCUGUAAGAAGUGAAGAAGUUAAAGAAAUUUUGAAUUUCACUGUUAUAACUUUGGUUCCUAUUGCACAAAUAGGAGAACUGCCUGUAUCAUUAGAAAUACUUGAGUUUUUAUUAAUUGAUGAAAAAGAGGUAUUAUAUGAUGCAAUAGAAAAAUUAAAUUCAUUUCCAAAUAUUCCUAUUUUUCAAAAAAUACGAAAUAUUCAUAAUGGUUUGAAAUAUAAAACAGAGAAGAUUUAUAGUUUGAAAAAAGAAGUACAAUAUUUUUUAAAUACAAUGGUUGAUAAAGAUAUACAUUAUAGUGUAGAAGAUAUUACUCACUUGCGAAUACAAUUAUCAACAAGAAAAAAAGAAUUAUGGGAGUUAUAUAAUAAACUUGAAACAUUUCGUGGUUUUGCUGAGGAUUGUUCCUCAAGUAUGUUGCAUCAAUUAGUACAUAAACUUAUAAAAUUAACAACAUCUUCUGAUAUAACUGUUGCAAUAGAAGCAGUAAAAUGCUUAGGUGAAUUAGGACCAACUGAUUUGUCAUCAAUGAUAUUAUACUUCCAAAAGAGCUAUGUUAGAGAAUCCUCUGAUUUAGUAGAAAUAUUAUCAUACAAAAUAGUAAUAAAAAUGAUACAAUUUUUAUUUCAAAAUGAUAUAGAGUUUCGAAAAAAUAGUGCUAAUGCACUGUAUGUUAUAUUUUCAUCUUCAUGGGGACAAAAGUUGUUAAACACAAAAUACAUGGAACAUCUAAAAAGUACCUUACAUGAAUCACAAAAGAUAUUACCUCUAACUUAUAUCCAACCAUUUAUAAUUAAUAAAAGUUCAAAGAUAAGUAACAUAGGUAUAAAUUAUAUAAAAAUUAAUGAUGUGCUCAAUCCACAUAAUACCAUUUGGAGGAUGCAAUCUGAUGGUUCAUAUACAAGUUGGAUUGUAACAAUAACAUGUAAAAUUGCAGAGUGUUUUACAGAAUUUUAUUCUGAAAAUUUAAUUCCUAUUUGUGCUUUAAGUACUGAUUUUUGUGAAAUAAUUUUACCGAGAAUUAUUUUCCUAAUAAUUCAUACUGAUAAAAAGUUCACAAAUGACGUAUGUCUUUGUAUUGAUAAAUUUUUUGAAUAUUAUUUUAAUUUUACAACAGAAAGAAGCAUUCCUUCACACACAGUAUAUAAAACUUCAGACUGUGAUCAUCGUAUUGUUCGUUGUAUGUUAAAUAUUGUAAACUACAUUAGAAUUCAGAUUUCUGAUAAUCUUUUGAAACUGAACUAUAUAUAUAUUGCAAAAGGUGCACAAUAUUGUUCAGCAUAUUUUACUGCAAUAUUAUAUGCAGAAAUAUCUUGUGAAACUAUUUUAAAUGAUUAUAACAACUUACCUAAUGUUUCAAAAAUUGAGUAUAUCUAUGAAUUGUCACCGCAAAAAGGAAGAGUGAUACAAAAUAUACUCAGGGAUACUUAUGCGAAAAUAGGUGACUUUGAUGCCAUUCGUGGUACUGGUUCCUCACAUUUGCAAGAUCAUUCCACUCGUAUCCAGCAUUAUGUCCAUACCAAUGAAUGGAAUGAAGUAAUACUUGCACAAGAUGUGGAACUUUCAUUUGGAAAUAUGACAGUAAUCAGAGAAAUGGCAAAUGGGUUACAUCAAUCUGGUCUUCAGUACAUACUUAGUCAUUUUAUAUCUACUAUAACAAAAAAUUGUGAAAAAGUAGAUGAAGACAUUCAAUAUGAAAGUGCUUGGCGACUUAGUAAUUGGAAUAUUUGUGAAACAAACCAAGCUUUACAUCCACAAAAUAACUGCAAUUUGAAAUUAGAAAUAACAGAACAUGAUUAUUAUUUUUAUCAUUACCAAGCAUUAAAAUAUUUUCAUGAAGGUAAUGAAGUAGGUACAAGAAAUGCAAUUCAAAAUGCUCGUAUAAGUAUUACUAAAGCACUUAGGAAUAUUAGUCUAGGUAAGUAUUAUUAAAUAUUUAAAUUAAUGCAAUUGCAAUUAAUUCGUGAAAUUGAAGAGCUAAAUUUUGCUGAAGAAAAUGAGUAUGAAACAAUUUUACAUAAGUGGCAACAGCAAGACAUUGUAAAUUUAAACGAAUUUCAGUAUAUUGAACCUAUUUUAACACAAAGAAUUGUUAUGUUUCAAAUAAAUGAUACUUUAACUAAUAAUGCAAACAUUAAAACUGCUCUCUUUAAUACAUAUUUACAAAUAUCAAAAAUAGCAGCAGAUAAGGAAAACUUACAUAUUGCUACACGUUCAUUAGGUAUUAAUAAUGUACUAAAGGACCUACCACCAAAAAUUCAAGAUCAAUUAUGUUAUCAAGAGUCUCUAUUGGCACGACUUAGAAAAGAUUUGGAAGUUGGACGAUUUCUAUUACGUACUUUAAUGCACAAGGAGAGUUUAGAUGCAAGUUUACGAGCACAAAUAUUAAGAGUUUAUGGGGAUUGGAUGGCAGAAACAAAAUCAGAAAAUCCUCAGACUAUAAUAAAAAAAUAUUAUUUAAAAUCUAUAGAUACAAGCUCUUCAAUUAGUGUACAAACUACUGAUACUAUUAAAAAUUUACACAAUACACAAAUAGCUUUGGCUCGCUUUGCUGAUAAUCAAUUUGAACAAAUAAGUUCAUAUAUGAAAUCUCCACAAUUCGAGAAUUUAAAAGAAUGUAUCACAUAUUCUUGUAAGGGAAUUAAUGAACAUUCAGUUACCGAAGAUAGAGAUGUUAGGAGUGCUAUGAUUUUGAAUCAGAGGCAAAAUACGAAUGAUGUUGCAGAAUUGGAACAUAUACAAAAAGAAAGAGAUAACUAUUUGACUUUAGCAUUAAAAUAUUAUUUAAAAGCAUUACAACAAAGUGAAAGUUAUAAUUUGUUGGUAUUUAGAAUAAUAGCACUUUGGUUAGACAAUAUAUAUCUAAAAGAAGUUAACGAUUUAUUGCAAAUAAAUCUUAAUAAAAUACCAUCUUUUAAGUUCAUCCCACUUGUACCACAAUUAGCAGCACAUAUGAAUGAUGAUUUUAAUGAUUUUUCUGGAAAAGUAUAUAACGUUAUGAAACGUUGUGCUUUAGAACAUCCACAUCAUACAUUGCCAGUGUUGUUAGCACUAAAAAAUUUAUAUGGCGAUCAUGAUUAUAAUACAAUUAAAAAAAGUAAAACUUUAGAACCAAGAGUCCUUGGAGCUCGAAAAUUGUUAAAAGAAUUAAUGGAAUCAAAUGUAGGUUUAAUUGUACAGAAAAUGGAGAAAUUAUCACAUGCUUUAGUUAUGUUGGCUAAUCUUGCAACUUCUUCAAAUAAAUCAGGUUAUAUAAUAAAAAUACCCAGAAAUCAAGAAAUUUUAAAAAUUAAAAAUUUUGACAACAUAUUUGUUCCAACACUGACAAUUAAUUUGAAACCAUCCAAAAGUUACAAUAAUAUUAUUGGUAUUACUAAAUAUGUAGAAACAUAUGAAACUGUUGGCGGUGUAAAUACUCCAAAGAAGUUAAUUUGCAUUGGUACAGAUGGAAUACUUAGACAUCAACUAGUAAAAGGGAAAGAUGAUUUACGACAAGAUGCUGUAAUGCAACAAGUUUUUAAUGUAAUGAAUACACUGUUAAAAGCUUGCAAAGAAACUAAACGCAGAAAAUUGAUAAUUAGAACCUAUAAGGUUGUGCCAUUAACACAAAGGUCAGGAAUACUAGAAUGGUGUGAUAAUACAAUACCUAUUAUAACUACAUUGAUAGGUUCCAAUAAUAUUCCUGGACUUCAUAAAAAAUACUAUCCAAAGGAUUAUACAGCUAACCUUUGUAAAGAAAAACUAGCAGCUGUUGGAAAAUCAUCAACCGAUGUAAAAUUGAAAGUAUUUCUAGAUUGUUGUGCGCAUAUGCGACCAGUGAUGCAUUAUUUUUUUAUUGAAAACUAUCCAUCGCCAGAAACAUGGUUUGAACGCAGAUUAGCAUAUACACGCAGCAUAGCAACAACGUCUAUAGCAGGAUAUAUCUUAGGAUUAGGAGAUCGACAUUUAAAUAAUAUCUUAAUUGAUCAAACAACUGCUGAAGUAAUUCAUAUUGAUUUUGGUAUAGCAUUUGAACAGGGAAAGGUAUUACCAGUUCCUGAAACAAUUCCGUUUCGACUUACCCGAAAUAUUGAAGUAGGAAUGGGUGUAUCUGGCAUAGAAGGAACAAUGAGAUAUUGUUGUGAAAAAAUCUUAACUGUAUUGAGUGAUCAAAGACAAAUAAUUAUAACUCUACUUCAAGUUCUCUUAUAUGAUCCAUUAUUUAAAUGGACUAUAACACCUGCUAAAGCACGUGACAUACAAAGUGGAAGUUCGUCAAAAUUAGUCGAAGUUAAUCAAUGUUCUACUGGAACUAAUAAGACAGCAGAAAGAGCUCUGCUCAGAAUAGAGCAAAAACUACAAGGCACUGAAGAAGGAUUAGCAUCAAGUGUGUCUGGCCAAAUUGAAAGGCUCAUACAACAAGCUCGUGAUCCCAUAAAUCUUUGUCGUUUAUAUCACGGAUGGCAACCAUAUUUAUAA